UCCACCAACCUCCUCCUCCAUCCGCCUGGUUCCCAGCUCCAGCUCCCGCUCAGCCCAGCCCAGCUGGCCAUCCCUGUGGCACACUCAGCCCCGGGGACCCUAAGGAGAGCAGACAGAUGUCCGCAGGCAUGGGGACAGUAGACGGUGGUGAGGCGGACCCUGGGACCCCACAGCCCACCCACAUCCACGUGCACAUCCACCAGGAGUCAGCUCUGGCCACGCUCCUGAUACGUGGGUGCUCCCUGCUUCGGUCCCCUGCCCCUGGUGCCACCUCCCAGACCUGGGGCAGAAGCCGGCUGCUGGUGGCAUCCUGGGUGGUGCAGAUCGUACUGGGGGUGUUGAGUGGAGUUCUGGGGAGCUUCCUCCAAAUCUUCUAUGGCUGCACCUUGUGUGGCUCAGGAACUGCCCUCUGGACAGGGGCUGUGGCUGUGCUGGCUGGAGCUGUCGCCUUCAUUUACGAGAAACGGGGUGGCAUCUACUGGGCCUUGCUGAGGACCCUGCUCGCCCUGGCAGCUUUCUCCAUGGCCAUUGCCGCCAUCGUCAUUGGGGCUCGUAAUUUCUAUGAGCACCGCUUUUAUUUUAGAGACUAUAUCUGUCAUGUCUCCUCGACGGCCUGGUCCCAGGCCACCACGCCCCCUAGCACCCCAAGUCCAGAAGAAGCCAGAAGGAUGCACCUGUGCCUCUCCUACCUGAGCAUGCUGAAGGCCCUGUUCAUAAGCUUUCCGGUCAUGCUGUUGGGUGUCUGGGUUCUGCUGCUUCUGGCAUCUCUGGUGCCCCUGUGUCUAUACUGCUGGAGAAGGUCCAGAUGUAAGAAGGAAACAGACCAGAAGAAACUGCUGGAAGUGAGUGAAAUCUAGCUCUGCUUCUCCUGAGUGCUCAUGCCUGGACUCUUUCUGGACUGGGCGUCCCUGUCUCUGGCUCCUGGGAGAAGGACCGGGCUGGGGAAAAGGGACCCUGCACUAGCUCUAGUUAUCCUUCCUUCCCCCUCCCCCACCCCUGCCAUGGCCAAGCACUGCCACGGCCCCCUCCACCAAUCAUCACACCACUCUUGCCCAUUUCUGGCUCACCUUUCACACUCCCGCCCUGCUUCACGGCCCCUCAUGAGCAGUGAUGACAAUAAGCUGUCCUGUUGUUUCUCCCAGCUUCUUGCUUAGUUAUUCCAGGGAAUUUCUCUUGGCUGGGCAAGGCAGAGGAGGAUGAGCCAACACAAUCCUACAAUGCUCCUCCAUCUCCCAACCUCCCACCUGGGUCAGGAGUUGCCGGCCUUGAAAGUAAACUCUCUUGGAGGCUGGUUCUGGGACUGGAGGUCCAAAUGCCUGCGCACCAAGGGUGAAGGGGGCAGGGACUCUGAGCCCCUCUCCCUGAAAUUCAGAUUUAAGAGACUGAACGCUGGGCAAACUGAGAAUUGGAUUUUUUUUUUUUUUGGCUGUUUGGAAAUAGUAAGAAAUAGAUAAUAUAACGCCAAAAUGCAGUCACUUUGGAAAUAUUUCGUGAAAAACAGACGAUGACAUAGGAACCCUGAAUACGUCCCAUGAAAAAGUACCCACGACUGCGAGACACGCCACGAAUCAUGUAUGUUUAAGGUCGUGGCUACCUUGAAUAGGCCCCAAGAGAAGUAGGAGCAUGAAUUCAGAGGGCUGAGUCUUGAAAUUAGUAUCAUGUCCGCAAGCAUGCACACACUCAGUGCUCCACUGGAAGGAUCCGCAGGACUCCACACAGGGUUGUACACGGUGGCCACACAGUAACACUGUUCAAAGGUGGACUUUGAGACCAGAAAACGAAGAGGCCACUCCAUAAAGUUUACACACAGUUUGAUUCAGGCUCACGUACUGACGGGCGGUCCACGGCAGCUACAGAGUUACUCUCUGCAAAGUCCAGACAUCAGUCCUCAGAUUUUGUAGAGCGACCACACAUGAAGAAGGGCGCUGUCGUGAGAUCAAAGGGUUCACAUGCACAUCAGACAGCUUGCGUGCUCCUAAUUGACAGCGACCCUUCAUUUGGACCUUGUGGCACUCCUGUGCAUCAGGAAGGGGAAAGACUAUGUUAUCUCUAACAGAUGGGGGGCUCCCUAUCCCGACCUUGGCUGGCAUUUCUAUCUAGCAAACAUGAACAAGAUGGGGGGCCAAGGACGAAGCAGUAUUGUCAGCUCUGCUACAAACACAUAGGCAGUGUUUCUGCUCAAGGAAGCCCACUGAAGACUCAGAGCCCAGGGUUUUUACUGGAAGCUCUCAAAUAAAAUACAUAAAAAAAAUCUUUAAACACAUCAGAGUAAAAUUUCAGACCAAGAGAAUGUAUUAAAAGCAGUCAAUGGCAGCAUUAUAUCACAUCCUUCCUGGCAAGGAAUGAGUAGAUUAAAGGGGUACGAGGUCUUUGUGUUGUUUGGAAAAGAAGUAAAGAUGUUGCUUAUA